CUCCUCCCCAUUUUCUCUGACUCUUCACUAUAUGUGUGUGGUAUAAUUCCCAAUACACCCAUCUGUUGUUUACCAUCAACUCUCUUACUUUCUCUCUCUAGGAGUCUCUUCCCUCCAUUAAAUAUCUCUGUGAUUCUUAAUACUGAGGCAUAAUCUUCACUUUUUCAUUUCUUUCCACUCUCCCCUGAGUUGAUCGAUCAGUUUUCUCUGUCUACAUUGAUCAAUCCUUCUUGGGUUUGACUUUUUGCUACAGAAAUCACCUCUCUCUCUCUCUCAAUUUUUGUGUUGGGUUUGUGUUCUUGAUAUGUAGUUAUCAACCAAUAACUCUCUUUUAUCGUUCAAAAAAAAAAAAAAACCAAUAACUCUCUUUCUUUCUCUGUCUUUGUGGAUAUUAAGAAAAGGGUAUCUUGUUUAGGUUUUGUUACUAUUUUUCCAGAUUCCGUAUUUACUGGGUCUUUGAGUUCUCUGCUUCAGUCUUAAAAUUAUAGGGUUUUCUUCAUCGUAUCAGACAAUCAACUCCUUCUCUCAAUUGGUAUUGAUAGCUCUCUUUUGGGGUUCUCUGUUACUGUCAAUCUUGAAAAUUCGAAGGUUUUGUUUCAAGAGGGAAAUGAGGGAUGUUUUCUUGGUUGGGGAAGAUCGUAUCGGCAUGUUGGCGACCUUUGAGUCGAUAUGCCCGUAUGAACAAGGAUGAUGAUGAUGUGGUUGAUGGGCUUCUCUGGUGCAGAGACCUUGAGAAGCAUUGCUAUGGAGAAUUCUCAUUUGCUGUGGUCCAGGCCAAUGAGGUUCUGGAGGAUCAGAGUCAAGUUGAGACCGGCAAUGGUGGCACAUUUGUUGGGGUUUAUGAUGGCCAUGGUGGGCCUGAAGCCUCAAGAUUCAUAUGUGACAAACUCUUUCUUCAUCUAAUCAGACUUGCUCGCGAAAAUGGAACAAUAUCUGAAGACAUUCUUAGGGGUGCUUUUUCUGCAACUGAAGAAGGCUUUCUUUCUCUUGUGCGGAGAACAUGCAUGAUAAAACCAUUAAUUGCAGCUGUUGGCUCCUGUUGUUUGGUUGGAGUUAUCUGGAAGGGAACAUUAUAUGUUGCUAAUUUGGGUGAUUCUAGAGCUGUACUAGGUUCCGUAGGUAGAUCUAAUAAAAUGGUUGCUGAGCAAUUGACUAGGGAUCAUAAUGCUAGUAUGGAGGAGGUUAGACAAGAACUUAGGUCCUUGCAUCCAGAUGAUUCACAUGUUGUAGUUAUGAAGCAUGGGGUGUGGCGUGUCAAAGGCAUCAUUCAGGUGUCUAGAUCCAUUGGGGAUGCAUACUUAAAGAGGCCAGAGUUCUCUCUUGAUCCAUCAUUCCCGAGAUUCCAGCUUCCUGAACCUCUUCGUCGCCCAGUGUUAAGAGCUGAUCCAUCUAUAUGUACAAGGGUCUUACAACCUAAUGACAAAUUUAUUAUAUUUGCAUCUGAUGGGCUUUGGGAGCACAUGACAAAUCAAGAGGCUGUUGAGAUUGUGCAUAAUAACCCCAGAGCAGGUAUUGCAAGAAGACUUCUUAAAUCAGCUCUGAACGUGGCAGCUAGGAAAAGGGAGAUGAGAUAUGAUGAUCUGACGAAGGUUGAAAAGGGGGUCAGACGGUUCUUUCAUGAUGAUAUUACAGUUGUUGUCACCUUUAUAGACCAUGAAAUGCUGGAGAAGAAGAUAUUUGUGCCGGAAGUGUCGAUUCGAGGGUUUAUUGACGCUGUUGGACCAUCAAGUUUUAACUUUUGACAUUCUACAAGGGAUUGAUGCAAAUGCAAAGUCUGUUAACUAAAGCAAACACAAAUUACAUGAACUGGCCAGUCUCCUUUGAGAAAGCCAGGUUCAACACAUCCUAAUUUUCCACAAUGUUUGUUGCAAGACAUUGAUGAUUGUUUUUCCCCAAUUUCUCGUAAACUUAUGAUUUCUUCUAUGUUGAAUUGAAUAUACUUUCUUGAUAUUCCAAUAUUCAUCUUGGGGGUUAAAAUAUGUCUAAGAAAA